UCUGAAAAGCUAGAAAAAGGAAAAAAACCACGACAAGCCUUUUUGCAGUGAGAUUGUGGAAAUCAUGCUGAAAAGCCAAUAUUCACUUUCUCUGUUCCACUCACCUGGAAUGGUCACUAUUUCACUGUAACUUCCGUGAACCCAAGAAGGCAAGCGGACCCAAUAACCUCUCUCUUUCACCGUCUCAUUCAUCAAUCAUCAUCAUAUAAGUUUAAGCUUUGAAUUUUAUGUUUUGGGUCUGUAAAUCGUUUUCUUAUUUUUAAAAUUUGAGAUGGGUUCGUCUUCUUUCAACUGGGUUUCCUCUAUUGUUGCUCAAUAAGGUUGAGUGGAGGCGGAAGAAGAAGAAGAAGACAUUUGGGCUAAUCUGAUUCUUGCUUUUUUGUGCGUGUUUUCGUUUUCCGUUCAUAUGGGUUCCAGAAAUGAAAGGUUCAUUCAGAUUUCGAGUUGCAGAGAAGAGAAAUAUAUGAACUCUUCUUUUUGAAUUGGAUUUUACGAUUUAAGAGCUUUCCGUGUGUAUUGUACAUCAAUGGUGUCUUGAAGCUUGAGGGACUACUGGGAUUUUUGUUUAAUGAGUCUUCUUUUCUCCGCUUUUUCUUUGCGAUCUCCGCCAAUAAACUAGGCGUUGGUGUUAGAUAUAAAGGAGGAGAGAGGAUUUUUUGCCUUGAAGUGGGAAUAUUUUUUUACAUGAACUUCAAUCUCUGCAACUAUUGAACAGUCCUGGGUAUACCUAUAGAAUGGAGUCUUGGAGCUAUGGUUCUGAAGGGAAGGAUUUUAUAGUAUCUGAUGAACUGAUUUCACAUACUGAUGGUCGUGAGCGAGGUGGGGGAGUUGCGAUGUGUUGGAACUCAACCCACUGCAAUUUCGAGAGUACCAUGAUCCCAGGUCGACUUGCCAUUGAGAGACAGGGAGGACUCAUGGAAUUGGGUUUCCCUGAAAUCACAAAGAAAUCGCUCCCUGGAAACCCGAUUGGAGGAGUUUUGCGAGAUGAGAUUGGUAACUCAAAAGUAGCUUCUCCUACUUGUGUGGUCUCCCCUAAAACGUUUUUAGACGAGGAGUCCAGUUCAAGGUUCUCUAGCUCUGCCUUGGAUUCCAAUAGCAAAGACUCUUCACUGAUUGAUUUGAAGCUGGGGAGAUUGGCUGAUUGCAGAGUUGAAUCUACCGAACAAAAGCCUGUUCUUGACUCUGUCAGCUCAUUUGUGCCGGCAAAGAGAGCCCGCACUACGAGUUUGAACUCUCAGACUCCCUAUUGUCAAGUUCUUGGUUGUAACUUGGAUCUCAGCUCCUCAAAGGACUACCACAAGAGGCAUAGAGUUUGUGAGGCUCACUCAAAAACCGCCAAAGUUAUUGUGAGCGGCAUCGAGCAGAGGUUUUGCCAGCAGUGUAGCAGGUUCCAUUUACUGGGAGAGUUUGAUGACGGUAAACGAAGUUGUCGAAAACGCCUUGCAGGCCACAAUGAGCGUCGCAGGAAGCCCCAAUUUAAUCACAAUAGUAGAACAGGGAAAUUGCUUUCAAUGCAUCAAGGUAACCAGUUUCUUGUGACUCCCUUUUCCUCAAGGACAUCCUUCAUUUGUCCAGAUAUGUUCCCAAACAGCAUUCUGCAUCCAACAAAAUAUGAAAUUGGUAACUGGUGCAAGGAGCUAAAAUUAGAACAUGAGACAGUCGAUCCUCAGCCAGUGAUACCGAUUACAAAUGGGCUUCCAAGAUCCUUCCUCCCUCCUUAUGGCUCGGAGAAACAGUACCCUUCUUUGAAUGGCGAUGGAAUUGAUAGUGGACGGCAAAGCCUUUUAUUUGAGAAGAAUAAUCAAUACCCACAUGAUUUGUCCAGCCCAAAUUGUGUCUCACAAUCCUUGUUCAGAAAUACCACAUUAGGAAGUGAAGACUUCACUGUUUUUGAUACAGCAUCAACCAUUCAAGCAAUAUCUGGGGCCUCUGACCCUGGUUGUGCUCUCUCUCUUCUGUCAACCCAAUCACACAAUUCCUCAAGUCAUUCGUCUGGAAAUCCCCAUGCUCAACCUUUGAUCGUCCAAGGCAAUCAGUCCCAUCAAAGCCUAGAUCCAUUUCCUGAAAAGCUUUUGGCAACAAGCUCACAAGCAUCAACAACUGUCGCAUCAAAUAAGUUUUCUCCAUGUGGGAUGAACUCUGUGGAAGUCAAUCACAUAGAGCCUGUAUUAGUUUCUGAUGACAGCGAUAUUGUCAAUUUUGAAGUUCAUAUGCGAGGAAUGUUUCAAGGGCCAGAUCUUGUGGACGCCAAAGACUCUCUCAGUCACGAUCGAGGACCCACUGUUGAUUUGCUUCAACUGUCAUCACACCUACAACGCGUGGAGCAUCAGAGGCAUUUCUUGCAAGUGAAGCAGGAAAAUGAUUUCUUCUACUGCCUCCCUAUUACUUAACUGGUAUUAUAAUAUAACAAGUGCUUUACUCUCUGGAGUGUUCAGUUCCCCUGGUUUAUCUCGGGGUGGAAAUCUGGGAUGCUGUUAGCCUGUGGUGGUGAUCCUGAUAUUCCAAUUCAUAGUUGCUGACAUUCAUUUUUCAUGACUAAAGGAGAUCAUUUUGCCAAUGGAAAUGUAUGAAGUUGUUUAAACCUGGGAAAAACAAGAGUGCUUUUAUGUGUGUGUGAGAGAGACAGAGAACCUUUGUUUUUGUGGCUUGGAACUCAGCUAAUUUGGAACUGCCAGUGCUUCACUGUCUGGGGUGUUUGGUUACAUCAAUUUCUCUGUACUUGUCAUGGGGUGGAGCUGCUGUAAUGCAGAGUGGGGGUGAGGGGAGAGGGAUGAGAAGUUUAGGAAUGCAUAACUUGCUAGUAGAAAGCAUGUAUUUUUACUGAACACUUUCACUGAAAUCACUUUUGCAAAUAUAAAAGACAUGGUGGUGCAUAUAUUGAU